AGGUGGAGGUUGCAGUGAGCUGAGGUCGUGCCACUGCACUCCAGCCUGGGUGACAGAACGAGACUCUGUCUCAAAAAAGAAAAUGUAGGAUCAGACCCCAACAUGUCCAUCCAGUAACUGAGGGACUUUUGACACCCAGCCCCUGAGAUUUAGUUUUCUCAGAUAAUGUAGCUGGCUCCCAACUGGACCUAAGAUGGUGGUUAGGAUUUGGUGCUGUCUGACUGUGAAGAGGUCAUUCUUAGGUAUCAUUUUUAUGAACACAUUUUUUGGGGGGUUUUGGUUUAGCUGAAAACUAAAGAAAAAUAUUUUUCCUUUUUGUUUUCUUAGUGGAAAAGUGAGAGAACAGAGGUCUAUCCUAUGUAUAUCUACCACUUAAAGCCGAAGCCGAAGGAACUAUUUUUACUAGAGAUUGAAACCAAGACUUAUGCAGUGCUAUGCUUCACAACUUGAGGGGCAGAAUGUGAUCCGUAGUCACAUGGCAAGGGGCAAGGGAAAUUGUGUGGCUCUGGUACCUGAGGGCUUCAGGGAACAUGCCAGGGCAUCAGUGGGAAUGUCUAGACACCCAGACAGAACCAGAGGCUGCUCUGGGAGCUGGGGAUGCUGUUAGGCCCUCUGCACAGAUGGAAUCAAGAGUCAGAUGAUUAGUUACUUAAGCCAUUAUGAUCACUUCAAGGCUGUUCUAGUGAAGACAGGGGUAAAUGAGGCUAAAAGUGUUUCAGACACUUUAAUUUAGUAGUAAUAGAGCCCUUUCUACUCACAAUGAAAGCUUAUUCUGAACACAGAUACAUAAUACAGAUAGAAGUAGAGCUCUCUGUGUUGAAAUGGUAAGAACCUGGAGCUACCCGCUUAGCUCAACCGGCAUCUAUGUUUCUUACAGCUCCCUAAGUGCUUCCAAUUUGCAGCCAAGGUGGAGGACCACUGCCUUAGAGAAAUGCUUCUCAAACAUUAAUGUACUUACUAGUCACCUGGGGAUCUUGUUAAAAUGCAGGUUUCUAUUCAGGAGGUCUGGGAUGGGGUCUGAGGCUCUGCAAGUCUAACAAGCUCCCAGGUGAUUCUGAUGUUGCCGGUAGGUAAAACACACUUUGAAUAACAAGGUCUUGGAACACUGGUUCUCUCACUUUCGUGGGCAUAAAAAUCUCAUAGGGUGCUUAUUAAAACACAGAUUAUUGUGCUUGGCUCUGAGAAUGUUGGAUUCAGUAGGUCUAUGAUAGGGCCUGGCAAUUUGCAUUUCUAAUAUGGUCCCGUUUCCCCGGCUGCAUUUCUUCAUGCCUGGCUUUGCCCCACUGACCAGCCGGGGCAGCCAGCAGUACCGGGCCUUGACUGUGGCUGAGCUUACCCAGCAGAUGUUUGAUGCUAAGAACAUGAUGGCUGCCUGUGACCCCCGUCACGGCCGCUACCUAACGGCGGCUGCCAUUUUCAGGGGUCGCAUGCCCAUGAGGGAGGUGGAUGAACAAAUGUUCAACAUUCAAGAUAAGAACAGCAGCUACUUUGCUGACUGGCUCCCCAACAACGUAAAAACUGCCGUCUGUGACAUCCCACCCCGGGGCCUGAAAAUGUCGGCCACCUUCAUUGGGAACAACACAGCCAUCCAGGAACUCUUCAAGCGUGUCUCAGAGCAGUUUACAGCAAUGUUCAGGCGCAAGGCCUUCCUCCACUGGUACACGGGCGAGGGCAUGGAUGAGAUGGAAUUCACCGAGGCCGAGAGCAACAUGAACGACCUGGUGUCUGAAUAUCAGCAAUAUCAGGAUGCCACGGCCGAGGAGGAGGAGGAUGAGGAGUAUGCCGAGGAGGAGGUGGCCUAGAACUCUCCUUUUCUAGGUAAAGGGGGGAAGCGGUGUGGAUUCUUUACUGUGUUCUGACAGCCAUGUGUCACUAUGCGCUUGUUAAUUUGUGUCUUCACAU